CUCAUCAGCUGUGAGAAGGUGGCUACUGAGGGAGAUAUUUCAGACAAGAUGGCAAUCCCAUCAAUGUAUAAUGAGGUUGUACUUCACCUUCAACAAGUCCAAAGCGACCCCUCCACCCGCCUAGAUAUUCCCCUCAUUGAUAAGCUGAAGCUGCAGCUUACAGAGAGCACGGAUAGCAGUGUCCCGGCAACUCUCUUGCCGAUGAUCUCACAGCUGUUUCCUGUGCUCCAGGAGGAUCCCACUCCUAUCACUACACUUGCUAUCAAGGCUACCGCAUUCACUAGCUUCACUGAUCUCCGUUCUGUCGACCCUCCUAUCGACUUUAUUGCCGGCUUCAAGGCACCAUCGCCACCCAUCAAUUUACUAGCCCUAGCUCUACUCAGCAAAGCCGGACAGACACCUAGCGACGCGGCCAUAGUUGCUGGUGACUCCGGGCUGGUUGCUUCAUUGGUGGAACUCUGGCUGACGACUUCUUCGACAGCUGUUGCCCAGGCUGCUUUUGAUGCCAUCUGGGCCCUACUAGAAGUUGACCUAACAAGCCCACUAGAGAAUGGGGAAGGCCUCAAUGAAAGGCAUGAGGCCAGUGGAGGACAGGGUCUUGUCUGGAGGAGAGUCUUUACCGAUAAAGACGUUUACGGACGCCUGUUCUCCUUGUGCAGUCUUACCGAUAACAGCCCAGGAAGCUUGCCAAGGCGCGAGAGAACCGUAUCGCAAGGCCGGCUGAUGAGCUUUCUUACGAAGGCUGGUAAUUUGCGUUGGGACAUUAUCUCAAGCUCACAAAUACCCGAGAUUGAGUCUAAAUACAACAGUAGCAGCCUUCUACAUUUCGCAGCCUGCGAAAUGGUCGACCAAAAUGAUGUUCUAAUGCAUAUGACCUUGUUGAACUUCUUCCAUGACCUAUUGGCGAUUCAAGCCCCAGGACUCAUUGCUCGAUCCUUUGUGCAGGCGGGGUCUACCUUCUCUUCUCCUGCGCUUGAUUUCCUUAUUUCGCACAAUCUACAUUCUUGCCUUUUGAGUUACUAUCUGGAUGAGUCGAAGCUAGAUCCCGUGGAUCUGAAUUACCUCUGUGGUCCUAUCAUGGCUUACGUUGCACAGUAUGCGGAGUUGUACCCUAAUCAUUUUCUACAGAUGCCGCCAAGCCUACAAGACCGAAUACUAUCGCGGAUAUCUGCGUCGGUAACAAUUUCGUCUGCGCAGUGGGCGCAUGGGCCUGUCCCAAGUGGCCAACUCAAUGUGCUUUCCUCUAUUCCACGAGUGUUACUUGUUGAAGCCACCAAACAAGGGUUGAAUCCUGUUCUUUCUCUACCCACAAGCCCUCCCAACAAGGAGGCGUUGGACACAUUGAGCAAGAUCCUUCACGGGCCACCGAAACAUGACCUUGCCGAUACGAUGGAGCUCAAUACGUCUGGCCAGACAGCUACGGACUGGCAUAAAGAAGCAGCGGCGGCUCGUAUACUUUACUUUUUGUACUUGAACCAGCACAGCACUUUCUGGACCGACGUCGUCGCCGCAGCUGACAUCUUAGCCAUGAAGGAUGUCUCUCUAGCAGCCAUCUCAUUCAUGAGAUCUAUCAUCACAGCGAACUGGGAGAAAGUAUCGGUUGAAUUGAAUUCUCCUGUUCCAGGCACUAGGCGGUACCAACUUCCCUCUGAGCAGGGUUUGGGUAGUUUGUCCCCAGCCUCUCAAGGAGUCCUACCUUCGUCAGGUGCCUGGGCUGCCCUUACUCCACCGGCUUUGACGGUCCUGCUACCUUAUCUGUUUAAAGCACCUCGCUCAUAUGCUGAGUUUGUCGGAGGCGGUGCGGGCGAUUCACAGAAUGCAGUUUGGAAAGUCGCGACAGCGAAGUACGAGGUGCUAGUGGCCCUGCACGCUCGCCUCAAGAACACGGGUGCUCAAAUGGAAGGAUUUGAGGAUAUUCUUCGUACCCUACAGCAAAGGGUAAACGAAGGACCAUGGGGACCUGUAACGCAGAGCGGAAGCCUCAUUGAGACUGUUGGUCUAUGAAAUGCAUGAAUUCAAUGUCCUUGUGAGCGAUACAAUACCAGAACGUUAUCAAUACGUCAGCGCGCUGGAAGGUUCUCUUUUUCUCGUGACCGCACCAAAACUUGUCCAUGAGAAGAUUAUAAUACAUGUUGUACUACCC